GUUAACACGUUGUUUUUUCUACGUGUAAGGAAUACGAGAGUUUGUGGGUGUUCUGUGCAAACUGCAAACUCCUAUCUUUCUCCGUUGGAGGAAUCAAAGAUUCUGCGAGAAAGAAAAUGGCUGAUCGAUUCUUUCCGAACGUAAUGCCAGACUUUGUGAAGGAAGAAGCAGAAGCAGCUUCAACCCAACAACCACAAGAAGAAGGGACUAGUGUUGGAGAUUCUCUUAUGCAUCUGCUCUCCAUGCCUUACUCUUCUCUCUCCCAGCGAUUUCAACGUGCUGCCUUGGAUCUCAAAGAAACUAUAGUGGUGGAGACGUGGGGGUUGAGUGGACAAAGCGUGCAAGACUUCACUCUCUAUAGCGGCAAGCUAGGCACCGCUUUCGUUCUUUUUAGAAGCUAUCAAGUAACCAACAAUAAAAAUGAUCUCUUUCUUUGCUUACAAAUUAUUAAGGCCUGUGACUCUGCUUCUCUUGCUUCUAGGGAUGUCACUUUCAUAUGUGGACGAGCUGGUGUUUCUGCUCUUGGGGCUGUUGCAGCAAAUCAUGCUAAUGAUGCAGCAUUGCAGAAUUACUAUCUUAAUCAAUUUGGAGAGGUUAAGCUUUCAAAACAUCAUCCUAACGAGUUAUUAUAUGGAAGAAGUGGCUACUUGUGGGCUUGUUUGUUCUUAAACAAACACAUUGGCGAAGGCACUAUCCCUCACACAACUAUACGUUCAGUUGUUGGUGAAAUUAUUAAGAAUGGACGAUCAUUGGCCAAGAGAGGAGGCCCCCCGUUAAUGUAUGAGUGGUAUGGCGAGAGAUAUUGGGGUGCUGCUCAUGGAUUAGCAGGCAUUAUGCAUGUUUUGAUGGAUGUAGAGCUGAAACAGGACGAAGUUGAGGAUGUCAAGGCCUCUCUUAUGUAUAUGAUCAAGAAUCGCUUUCCCAGUGGAAACUACCCUGCUAGUGAAGAAGAUCGCAAGAGGGAUGUUCUUGUGCAUUGGUGCCAUGGAGCUCCCGGAAUUGCCCUCACACUUGUCAAGGCAGCCAAGGUUUUUAGAGAGAGAGAAUUUCUGCAAGCAGCUGUAGAUGCAGCAGAGGUAGUAUGGAACAGGGGGCUACUCAAGCGAAUUGGUAUUUGCCAUGGCAUCAGUGGUAAUGCUUAUGUGUUCCUUUCAUUGUACCAAAUGACAGGAAACAUAGAGUUCUUAUACAGGGCCAAAGCAUUUGCCUGCUUUCUACUUGAUAGAGGUCACAAACUUAUAUCAGCAGGAGAGAUGCAUGGAGGCGAUAGCCCAUACUCCCUGUUUGAAGGGAAUGGAGGUAUGGCCAAUCUUUUCCUAGAUAUGAUUGAUCCUUCCGGAGCAAGAUUCCCUGCUUAUGAACUCUGAAAUUCUGAAUCUUUUGCAUAGUUUAGUGGGGGUUCAAUCUUUCGAGUGCAAUAUUGGAAUGUAAAAUUCGUGUGGAAUAUGCUUUAUAUGUUGGUUUGAGUUUGACUCAUGAUAUUAUACUCUGUAUGGGAUGUGUUCUAAAGGACAUUAUUUUCAUCAGAAA